AUGGCAUCAAAUUAUCCAAAUAGCGAAUUCAUUGGCAUCGAUAUGGCUCCAAUGUUUCCAAAUAGUUCUCCAUCAAACGUGGAAUUUUCAGAAUUGGAUUUAAUAUUUAAUAAUGCUGGUAUUCAAACUAACAAAUUACAAGAUGCAACAAUUUCAUAUUUUAAUUCUCAAAAUAUCAAUUCAGUAAUUUCACAUCAAUUAUCAACUUUCUUAAAUUCAACUUCUGCAUUCAAUGUAAUCAACUAUGAAGAACGUUAUACUCCUUUAGGCAAAUGGGGUGGUAGAUUAGGUAGCUUUUCAUUGGUAUAUUUCUAUCUUGCCUAUCAAAAUAUGAAAAAGGUUUUACCACAACAUAUGAAAAUAUCAGAUAUUGAAUAUGAUCAUUUAGUUGAAGGGUUCCAUAGUGAAUGCGAACAAAACAAAAUUCAUAUUAAAACCUUUAGAUAUUGGGGGCAAAAAAAAUAG